AUGGAGUUCAACCCCACCAAAGCAAUUGUUCACAAUGAAGACUGUGACCUGCAUUACUGGUACCAAGGCAAGGGACCUCUCAUCACAUUCAUCCCCGGCGGAAACGGCCAUGGACGGCAAUUCAACCCCAUUAUGGCCGCCCUGUCUGACAAGUUUACCUGCGUCACAUUUGAUCGACGACAGAUGUCAGCAAGCCAGGUCAAGGUCAACAAGAAGCUCAGCCCGCCACAACAAGCACGAGACGUCCGCGCCAUCAUCAAGGUCCUAGGCUUUGAGAAGUCGAUCAUCUUCGGCAGUAGCAGUGGAGGCAUCUUCGCGUUCCAGUUCGCCCACGACUUCCCUGAAAUGGUCGACCACCUGAUUUCCCAUGAAGCACCCACUGCAUGCCUCCUGCCAGAGGCCUCCGAGGUGUUUGACUGGGGCCUCCACCUUAUGGAGGUCUACGAAACCCAUGGGCUAGAUCAAGCGUCCAGAGAGUUUUCCACGAAGUUGAUAGGGUACGACGAUGAGGGGAUUCCUAAGACGGUGCCACCUGGACCGGAGAACCCUCGAAACUUUUGGGACAACGAGAUACCGAUUCUGCUGGGGUAUGUACCCAACCUGUGGCGGUUGAAAGAGAACAAAACUAGUAUUGGUGUGAUGAGGGCCAUUCGGUGUAAAGAUGCGUACUAUGCUAGGGCGACGGAGGAGCAGGCAAAGAUCCUAUGUUGUCCAAAACUUGUGGUACCAGGACACCACCAAGGGUUUGAGGUUGAGACUAAGGAAUUUCUUCCUUACUUCUUUGACAUGCUAGACACUUUGGAAAAGAAGAGAACUAGUGGCUAG